AUGUACAAAAACACGUGGCCAGAGAAGCCGCCCCCACUAGCUCCGGGAACAGUACAGCUCAAAACAUGGUCCGGUGAAGGGCUUGACAUCUUGGGAUCCACAACUGUCGUGGUCCAGUCCAGGAGGAAGAAGUGCAUGUUGCCGCUAUUAGUAAUAAGGGGAUCAGGAGCAAGUCUGCUUGGCAGAAAUUGGUUUCGACCACUACAGAUCGAAGUAAGCGGAAUCAACUAUGUCAACGGCGACUGCCUAGAACGAAUACUCGAGGAACACAAAGAGGUCUUUGGAAAGGACAUCCAAGGCCACAGAGGCGAUCGGGUAGACAUCCAGCUUCAGGAUAGAGCAACGCCGAAAUUCUGCAGGGCAAGGCCUGUGCCAUUUGCCCUACGGGAAGCCGUAUGCGCAGAACUACAAUGCCUAGAACAGCAGGGGAUCAUCGAGCCGGUGCAGCAUUCCGAGUGGGCAACUCCGGUGGUGUGCGUUCGGAAGAAGGACAACACCAUACGACUAUGUGGGGACUAUCGGAGCACAAUUAAUGCAGCAGCGAUGAAGGCGGAUUAUCCACUGCCUACGCCAGACGAGGUGAUGAGCAAACUGCAAGGAGGCACGCUCUUUUCCACGUUGGACAUGACACAGGCCUAUCAACAGUUGAGAGUGACAGAGACAACCGCACAGCAGUUGACCAUCAAUACCGUGAAAGGCCUGUACAAAGUCAAGCGGUUACCAUUUGGAAUAGCAGCAGCUCCUGCUAUAUUUCAGAGGUUUGUCGAGAAGCUUCUAGCUGGCAUUGACGGCAUCGCAGUCUACCUAGACGACAUCAUUAUCAGUGGAGCAGACCAACAACAGCACAAUCGACGUCUGGAAACAGUACUGGCAAGACUGGAACAGUCCGGACUGAGACUUAAGAAAACAAAGUGCAAAUUUGCACGUACCGAAGUGGAAUUCUUAGGACAUAACAUCACAGGUUCGGGCGUGCGGCCGACAGAUGCAAAAAUACGGGCACUACUGAAAGCUCCUGAGCCAACGUCGAAAGAGACCUUACAGUCAUUCCUCGGAAUGUUAGCCUUCUAUGAUCGUUUUUUGAAAGACAGAGCAACUACGGCAGCACCACUCUAUAAACUGCUUGCGAAAAACGCAACGUGGAAGUGGACCACGGAACACAAGACUGCAUUUGAGGCGCUCAAGGAACAGAUUUGCCAUGCUCCUGUGCUGGCCCACUACGACCCACACAGACCACUGAUACUAUCAUGCGACGCUUCGCCGUACGGCGUGGGUGCGGUACUCGCGCAAGAAGACAAUGAAGGCAACGAAAGACCUGUCGCUUUCGCAUCCAGGACCUUGGGACCAGCAGAGAGAAAUUACUCUCAACUAGACAAAGAAGGCCUGGCAAUCGUGUAUGCGGUUGUACAUUUCCACAUGUACUUAGCGGGUCGACACGUGCAAAUAUACACUGACCACAAGCCGUUACUCGGGAUCCUCGGAACUACGAAACCUGUGCCACAGUUGACGUCGCCCCGAAUGCUGAGAUGGUGCGUUAAGCUUGCUGCCUAUAGCUACGAUCUAAGCUAUCGUCCGGGAAAGCUGAACUCGAAUGCCGACGUUUUGAGCAGGCUGCCGUUGCCGUCUACAGAUGAUGAGCCGUGCCACCCAGCGGAUGUGCUAAUGUUCGAAGCAUUAAGCCGUCCUCCCCUAACUGCGGAAGAAAUCUCGUCAGCAACGCAGAGCGAUCCAGUUCUUUCCGAAGUGUACACCGCUAUUAAAGCAGGGACGUUGUACAAGUUACGAGACGCACAGUUUCGCCAGUUUCGGGCAAGAGCCACGGAAUUUUCCUUCCACAGAGGCUGUAUUCUGCGUGGAUCAAGAGUGGUCAUUCCACAAAGCAAAAAGAAGCAGGCGCUAGAGUUGGUGCACGCUGGUCACCGUGGCAUCGUGGCUAUGAAAGCCUGUGCCCGGAGUUACAUGUGGUGGUGA